AUGGGGAAAGGCCUUGACAGCAGGUACCUGGACCAUCUCAAGAAACUGACGGAACCCAUCGAGGACGUUCGUUGUCGAGAUAGGCGCCGAAUCCCGCUACGAUUCUCGGCUUAUACCCGCCUUAUCGGUGGUCACUUUCUGCUGCAAACGACGUGGCGAUACGAUAGAGCGUCCGACCCAAGCGUGCCGACAACCUACUUCGGCUCCCUCGACAUUUGCCCCCACCAGCAUCUCCAUUGGGGCUUGAUGACGGAACCGGCGUAUAGGCUUGGUUGGAUUCCAGCGAAAGAUGAAACUAUCGAUGGCGCCGUGCUGAGCGCCCUCUUCGACGCACCGGCUGGUGCUGCACAACAAGGGUCCUGUCCGUACUGUCCCUUGGACUUUGCCCUCCAAGUCUGGCCUGAUCGCGUCACCUUGCGUGCCUGGUGGGAUCUAGGAACGGAAGGGCCGCCCACGGAUAAGGCGUGGCAGUCCCUGACGGCCAAACUCGUCAGGGUCAAUCAUAAGCCCGGUAGCGUGAGGGAGUUGUUUGCAUCGGGUGACGGGGACGCCAACGACGACAUGGCUGGCCCGAAAGUUGUCAGCCGAGGCAAAGCUGCUUGA